AUGGGUUUCAAGACACCCAUUGGUAUGUCAUCGUACAAAUUUGUCUAUGGCAAGGUAUGUCACUUGCCGCUUGAAUUGGAACACAAGGCAUUGUGGGCACUCAAGAGCCUAAAUUUGAAUUGGAAUGAGGUAGUAGAGUUGCGACUAGGGCAGCUGAAUGAAUUGGAUGAGUUCCGUCUUGAGGCUUAUAAAAGAGCAGACAUAUACAAAGAAAAGAUGAAGAAGUAUCAUGACUGGAGGAUUGAAAAGAGAGACAUUCAGAAGGGUGAUUGGGCACUCCUCUUCAAUUUCAAUCUGAAGCUCUUUCUAGGUAAACUUAAGCCAAAGUGGUCUAGCCCAUUCAAAGUUAAACAAAUCUACUCAUCUGGAGUAGUUGAACUUGAAAAUAAGGACGGAAGUGUCUUCAAUCUUAACGGGAAACAAGUGAAGCUGUAUAUUGGUCCAAUGGACUUAGUAAAGUGCUUAUCUACCAUCUAUCUUGAUGAAGUCUAA